AUAAAAACAAAAAGUUUUAGCACAGUUUUAGUAAGAAAAAAAAAAUUAGUAAGAACAAAUAAAAAUCCAGCAAAAUGCAUGUUAAAAAAGAUAGAGAAAAAACAAAACUACCGCUUAAAAAAGAAAUUUGCGAGGUGUUUUCAAAUUGCCAACGAACCACUGCAGUACAUCAAAGAAAUGCCAUCAUUUUAAAACAACUAUAUCAAAAUGCCAAGGAGGAAGAAUUUUGGAGGCAUUUGAGAGACAUACUUAGCUUUAUUCUUAUUAAUGAAAAUAAUGCUCUUAGUGAAAAAAUAUUAAACUUCUUUGGAAUUUUUUGUGCGUUAUUGAAGACGAAUCCAGUACAAGAAAGUGAAAAUUCAGAUGAAAGUAUUGAAUAUUCUGAACAUCCACUCUUGAUGAACAUUUUAUUAUUUGCUUUAAAAGCUUCUAAAGUAAGUCAAGAUAUUAUUAGAAUCAGAUCCUGUCAAAUCAUUAAUAUAAUAUUGGAUAACCUUGUUGGAGUGGACAUUAGUAUAUCAUUAUGCGAAUAUUUAGAAGAAUAUUUAUUGCAACGUUUGAGGGAUCCCAAAAACGUUGUAAGGCAACAGGCCAUCAUAGCAUUGUAUCGACUACAAGAACCUGGUAAUCCCGAAGAUGAAAUCUUGCCUGAGUUCAUACGUUUAAUGAAUUCAGAUACUUUCCCAAAGGUGAGACAGUUGUGUGUUGAAAAAAUAGCCGUUCGAUCAGACGUUAUCCGUUAUAUGCUUAUAAGAAUUCGAGAUAAUGAUCCAAAAGUCCGUGUAGCUGCUUAUAAGAGAUUGGCAGGGUUUCCAAAGUUUUUAAAGAUCUCAGAAAAGCAGCAAGUCCUUUGUUCUGGAUUUUUCGAUAAAUGUGAAGAAGUAAACGAGUUUGUCAAAUCAACACUAAUUAAAUCUUGGUUGGACUUUUACGAUAACGAUAUACUAAAAUUUAUGAAGUCUUUGAGGUUGGAUGCCGAUGAAAAGGACAUCAAAGAUACGAUUGAAAUAUUCGAGAAAGUGUUAGGAGUAAUAUUUGAGAUAACAAAUAGAAGUACUUUAACAAAAACUCUUCCUUUAAAUAAUAAACAUUUGGUACCUUUUGAAGAGUUAAACUGGGAGGUAGCUAGUUUCUGGAGGAUAUAUGUGCAAUAUUUAAGUCGAAAUGCAGAUUUUGGAGAGGAACUUGAGAAUGUAGUACCAGAAUUGAUUUAUCUUUGUAAAUAUAUAAAGCAAUUUUAUGUAGAUAUGCCCAGAGAGGUAACAACUGUAGAGUUUUUGGAACAGCAAUUCAUAAUCAAACAGCUAUUUCUGAUGGCUAAAUGUUUGGACGUCGGUGACGUAACUACCAGAGAAUGUUUGAACAAACUAAUUGUCAACAUUUUGGAGAAUGUCGUUCUGACAAGAGAUGUCGUCCAAGUGAUAGUAAGCAAUCUGGAAAUAACAAAACCGAAUCCUGAAGUAAUGACUCAGUUUGUUAGUGAAAUUAUUUCGGAUAUAAUGUAUCCAAUGGAUAUCGAGGAAGUAGCAAGAGUUCAAAAAGAGAGAGAUUUUAAGGUUUCUCAAUUGACAAUUCAAAUAAUCAAACAGAAGACAAAACAAGAAAUAGCCGUAGAAAACCAAAACUUCAUGGAGGCAGAACGCUUGAAGCACGAAAUAAGUAUUCUAUCUACGGAAUUAACCGAAUUAAAAAACGCUCAAACUGAACAGGAACGCCAACCCACCGUUGAGAAGAAAACAGAUCUCUUCACGAUUGUUAAAUGCUUGGAUAUUGCCUAUGCUGUUCUUUGCUCAACCAAAGUGACUCAUUUAACGACAGCCCUGAGAACAUUAAAGGAGGAUUUUAUUCAAGAAUUGCUUAUACAUGAACACGAUUCAGUACGGGUCAAAGCUUUUGAGUGUUAUGGCUUGUGCAGUAUUGUGGAUAAGGAUACUGCAGUGAUUGGUAUUCACGUAUUUUCCAGACCGAUAUUUGCUUAUCGAAGUGGGGAAGAAUGCGACAUACAAACGCUGUUAAUAUGUAUAGCAGCGGUUGUUGACUUAUUGCGAAUAUACGGGCCUCAAUUAAUGGCUUCUCCCAAGACUGAACAAGCACUAUCAGACAGUAUGACAGAACAACAAGAAGCAAUUUUUUUGGGAGGUACAUCGUUGACUGAUAUUAUGCAAGGAUUAGUGGAUCUUUUGAAUGAUGACCAAUACGAUAUCCAAGAACAGGCUGGACGUGGUUUGUGCCAACUAGUACUUAGUAACAGAAUAAUUUCACAUUCUUUAGUCGCUAGGCUGAUACUUAAAUGGUGUAACCCAGCUAGAGAUAAUGAAAGCAACAGCCUGAAACAAAUUAUAGGCUUUACUUUACAAACCUUACCGUUAAUACCAGAUUGUAUGCAACUAUUGAUAGAUUCCGUUUUCAUAACAAUAGAGACUAUAUAUGGCGCGCCUCAUGAAAGUCCUCUUGCUGAUGUCAGUAUCGAAAACAUUGCAAAAUUUUUGUUGGCGCUAUGUAAAGUAUCGGCAGAUGCAGAUCACAUCAACAACAAAAUUGCAGAAACAAUAUUUAAGAAAAUGAUUGACAAACCAAAAUUAAAAAUAAACAGUUUGUUCAGUAAAAUUCUUCUAUUACUAGACGUUCCCAACGGAAGCACAUGCAUUGAUGACUUUGUGAAGUACUGUGACGAUGUCCGUGAUAUAAUUAAAGAAAAACUUCUAAUCAACCAUAUCAUAAAGUUUACUGCGAAACUAAAUUCAGUAGCACUAGAUGUACAGCAUAUGGAUACAAAGCAAGAUAUUACGAAUAGAACGAGAUUAACACAGCAAACUAUUAUGGAAGUAGAAGAAGAAGACUAGUUACAAUUAAGAAUUUUUUGGAAAUAUUUUUUAUAUAUGUAUAUGAAAUGUGUUGUGAUGGAGUGUUUAAAAUGAUUUUUUGAUUUUAUAAUAAUUUAUCUUUAAAUAUUUGUCAAUUUUUUACCAGGUGUUCAAUCCAUCAUUCAGCAGUUUAAGAGAAUUAAUUAUACUGGUCAUUUGGCCAUCUUAAC